GCCUAUUAUCGGCUCGUUCCCUUGUUUUACUUGGAUGUCCACGUACCCGCGGAUUAUGCGCGUCUCUGGGUAAUGUGCCAUAAAAAAAUAGAGAAGGAAAACUUCAUAGAAAUGGCGGAGGGUGCAACGUCUCUGAAAGAGUUGCGAGCUCAAAUGGCUGCAUCUGCGCAGGCGCAGGCAGAGGAGCGGCGCAGCCUAGCAGGGAACAGCCCAGUACCUGCAUCCCCUGCAACAGCAAACACACCACCCAACACCACUGCAGCGAAGUCUCCCCGGCCAGUCAUUGAUGGUGCUGCACUAAGGAUAGACGACCGGCUUCGGGUGGCAAAAGAGAGACGAGAGGAGGCCGAUAGGCAGCAAGCUGCGAAGGACUCUCAGAUCCUGGAGAGAGAGCGUAAGGCCAAGCUGCAGGUGGAGCGUCAGAUGGAGGAGCGCCAGAAGAAGCUGGACGAGCAGCGCAGGAAGGAGGAGCAGAGACGCUCGGCUGUGGAGGAGAAAAGGAAGCAGAAACAGGAGGAAGAGAAGGAGCACUAUGAGGCGGUGAUGCGGCGGACCCUGGAGCGCAGCCAGAGAGUGGAGCAGAGGCAGAAGAGGUGGUCUUGGGGAGGACUCUCAGAAUCAGACAACCGAUCCGUUGACAAGCGCUCCACUUCCACCAUGAACCUGAAACAGCUGUCUGAGGCUGGCAUCAACAAGCGCCUGUCCUCCUCCUCCGCCACCCUCAUCAACUCUCCCGACAAAACUCGCAAGCCCCUGACGAGCCCCGUGGACGGAGGGUUCCUCAGUCGCCUGCUCACCCCCACCCAGGCCUCACUAGCUAGGAGCAAGAGCGCCGCUGCCCUGUCGGCCGAAGGAGGCGACGCCCCAGAGUGUCACCUGUGUCCUCGCUCAGCCUCGGCCAGCCCCCUGCACCCGGUGCAGCGAGGACCCCUGCGCAGCCGCAGUAUCGACCGGCAGAAGAGCGCCACCCUGCCUACCUCCGCCUCGGCAGACCAAGUGGACCCCUCACUGAAGGAGAAAAGGUUCUCAUCGCCCGGAGGGAAACGUCCCGCCUCGCCCUCCAACAUCGCGGGACGCCACCGCUCGCCCUCCCCCGCCCCCCCUCCCAGGAGCAAGAGAACCCCCUCCCCCAGUGCAAAGCCAAGCCCACGUAACCGUCCCUCGUCACCUGGGGGUAUCAAACAUCGCCCCUCAUCCCCUCAGUUUAGCUCGGCCAAGCCCCCGUCCCCCCAGCCCACCUCGGCCAAACCUCCACCCAUCCAGAGACCGGCCCUCACCCCCACCGGCCCCCCAACCCUGCGGAAGAGGGACUCCAAGCCAAAGGACCUGUGUCCCAUCCAGCCUGUGGUGCCCCAGUCCCCAGAGGCUCCCCAGACCAGCACAACACCCACCCCUACUCAUACCACCUCCAGUAAGACCAAAGACAAGGACGACAAGUCCAUGGCGGGCACCAACUCGGCUGCAGAGGCUGCCAUGAUCCUGGCCGAGAACCGUCGUCUGGCGAGGGAGAAGAAGGAGAGGGAGGAGGCACUCCGAGUUCUGAGAGAGGAGGAGGAGAAGCUGAGGAAGGAGGAGGACAAACGCUUGGCCGAGGAGGAUCGGUUGAAACGCCUGGAGGAGGAGAAGAGGCUGGCGGAGGAGAGGAAGAAGAAAGAGGAGGAGGACGCUCUUAUGGCGGAGGCAGACAGAGAAAGACUGGAGGUAGAGGAGGCCGUGAGACAGGCUGAGCUACAGAAAGAGCGUGAAGAGGCGGAGGCACAGGCUGCAAUUGAGGCAGAGAAGGUCCGCAUUGAGAGAGAGAGGGUCAUGGCCCAGAACCAACAGGAACGCAUGGAGAGGAAGAAGCGAAUUGAGGAGAUCAUGAAGAGAACCAGAAAAGGGGACCUAGAAAAAAGAGAUUAUGAUGAGGGAGACGAGGAGGGUGACGAAGAAGAAGCCAAGGACGACGAGUCAGCCCAGACCGGAGAUGUCGCCAUGGAGACGGACUGCAUGGACGAGGGGCGUGGCCUGACCCGCAGUGAGCCAAUGGGAGAGCGUAGGGAGCCGCUGGGCAGCGUGAACUGGAAGCCAGAGGCGGACGACAAGGAGAACAACAACGGAACCAGCGCUGAGGAGCCCCUGGCUGUUAAUCCAGUGCCUAAGGGUCGCCUGGUAGAAGGCUCAGAGUUCCUGAACGAGGACUCUAACAAGCUGGCCCCAGGGCUCAACGGUAAGCCUGGCCCCUGGAGCUUCGAGGAGCUUAUUGACCUGGGUGUCAACUCCAAGGGCCGGCCCCUCAUCGAUGCAGAGGGCCACAACCAGGGCCUCAUCGACUGUGACGGGGGUCCUGAGGGGCCCAGGGUGGCCUUCGAGGACAAGGGGAUCCCCGUGGCCACCCUCCACCCCUCCAGCCAGCCUAUCGAAGCACUGUCAGAGAUGUGAGGCUGCAGCUCUCCCUUCAGAGGCCUGUUAAUAUUGCACUCCUGGAGUUCCUGUCCAGCUGACCCCCCCCCCCUCCCCCACACACACUUACCCACAUACACACACCCCGCCCAGCCUUCUUGUCUGGACCACCUCAGCCAGAGGAAGAGCAUGGGGGACACAUCCAGAACGCUAGCUUUGCACCCCCCAACACACAAAAAUAACCCAUUAAAAAUACAACACAGAAACGAUGCUUCAGGGAAAAUCUCAAUUUUCCUUCAAUGUGCUCAAUUUAAGGUCUCAUCUUCAUCCUCCCAUACUUACCAUUUCACUUGGUUCUUUUUUAUUUUUUUUGUUCACACUUGAUGUUUUGUAGGUGGUGGGGCAGGUGGUGUGACGUAAUUUAUACAUUUGGGCUUCUUUGUAAUAUGUAAUUACUUAUCUCAUGUCUAUUUUUGGGGGGGUUACUCUGGUUUGAGAAUAUUCCAGGAUGCACAUGCACUCAGCUAUAUGAUGGUUAAGACUUCACUACUUCUCAUGUCAGGAAACUUGAGUCCCCGCUGAGAUGUGAUCAAACACGUUUUGAUUGGUGGGGAGUGGGCUGGGUACUGUAGUCUCAGGGUCUGCCUAAAGGGGGCGUCUCCAGUGAAUAGACUGAGGGAGCACUUACACAAACCGGUUAGGACCUACUGUGUGCCCAAGCUGUGAACAGCACUAUGUAACUGUAAUCCCAUCCUACCCAAAUUGUACUCUGACCUAGAAUUCUGGAUUUGUCUGGCAGGCUGCUUUUCCCAGCAUCCAUAGAUCCAGCCUUAACUCUCUAGACCCUAUUCUUCUAUGGUUUACCCCUCACCCUAUGCCCCGAAGGGCUGGUCAGAGCCCCUCCACCUCCCUCGCCUUCUCCCACCUCCCUCACUUCUACUCUUCUUAGGGCCACUAGGGGGCACUUAUGUCUACAAAUCAAACUGAUUGUUUUAUGAAAUGACUCUUGAAUAUUGCUUUGUCUUUACAAACUGAAGGCUGUAGGAAUUCCCAAAAAAGCUGGUGAUUUUGUGAAUAUUUGUUCAGUGAAGUUUAACUGUUGCUGUUAAUUUUCAGUUCCUGGUCUUUAGGUUUAUCCUUAAAUAUUUUGACAUGUCGUUACGGUUUUACAUGUAUAUAGACUUAAUUGUUAGCUAACUCGUAUCAAAUUCUAAUUUAAUUGCACCCUGAGCGCUGAGGUAUAACUUGACCCCCAGCAAUGACUGCAUGAAUCUAUACUCUUACCAUAUGAAUGACUAUAGCCCAUAACGGAUUAACUUGUGUAUGUUAGUUAAUUGCAGUCAGACAAGGUCCAUCAGCUUCAUUUUAGAAUUGCUUCAGAGUUUUCUCUGAAGGGGGUGUGUGUGUGUGUGUACAGUACUAGUCCAGAAACUGAACUUGAAAGAUUUGAAGUUCUCACUUACAACGCCCAAAGUAUAGGGCUGAAACAACAGUUCUGUCAGGCAUCUCAGAGCAGUUUUGAACCGGCAGUAGAUGUACGCAGUCUGUGUAGCUAAUUCCAUUGCUUCUCGACUAAGGCCCUAUGAUCUCCAAAACACACUAGCUAAUGCUUUUAUAAUUUCUCUCUCCUGGCAAAAAAACAAACAUUUCAAUUAUUUUUAUAAUGUAUAAUUUGGCUGUCUGUUUAUAUGAAAAUAUAUUUCCAUAUUUAAGUGUUAUUGUACCGUGUGUGUGUGUAUAUAAUCAGUGUUAGGCCGAUGUGGGUGGGGUGGUGUAGUGGGAAUGGAUGUUAAUUGUCUCAUCUGUUACUGUAUUUUAGUUUGGGUUCUGUUUGACUCAUGCCCUUUGGCAGGGUAGUCAGUGCUGUUGCCCUACGCACUGUUCCAAGUCAAGCCCUAGUCCCUACCCUCUAGACACUAGAUUGGAUCGGUGUAAGCAAUCUGGAACCAAUUCUACAAGGUGACACUAUUAUAUUGCAUAUACCCAUCAAGUACUUACAGAUCACCUCAAGUGCAAAGGGAUAGGGGCUAAGGGUUUGUGUGGAAUCGAGUUAGGUUUGUUUGGGGGGGGAGUUACCCUGGGCGCUAAUAGGAAACCCUCUUCUCUAGUACUCUACAAACCCUAGGGGACAACACAUGGGAUCCCCAUACUGUUGAGAGAACAUGGGUGUGUGUGUUGAUUGAGGGCAUUUUUUUGUGAUGCUCUGAAUGGUUCUGCUUUUCAUCCCCCAACCACCUCAGACAAUUGCAUUUGUUCCCAACUGAGGGGUGGACUGAGGAGUGGGAGAAUGUUUCAGGGCUUUUUAACAUGGUGUGAAAGGUUGCAGGGAUGGUGUUUUUGAAGUUUGCAAUAGAAAAGUUAACAUGGACUCUGACCACUGCGCCCCACACCUCUGUAACAGCAGUGUGACUGAGUCUAUCACUGAAGGAUGGAGACGGGAACAAUGUGAUUUGGUCAGUCUUGUGCGUUUAUUUUUUUAAAAGCUGUAUCGAGAAGCUUUAAUUCCCUAUGCUUGAAUUGUCCAAACAGAGGUUUGGGGACCUUAUUUUUUGCCUCAUAAUAAGCCUGUUGGCUGAUUGUUGUGCUAAUAAACCAGAAGGUUUCUCUGAAAUGGCUUUAUAUUAUACAUUAUGUCUAGAGUUGGAGGGCAAUGAGCUUAGCUUUGACUUAUAGGCUUAAAGAAUGUAACUUUGACUAAACAAACAAGCCCUUAAUCGUUUAACAUGCAUCUCUGUCAGAGGGGAAAAUGUUUUUAGUUUUCAUGUGCAAACCUUUUUAUUAUUCAUCACAAUAUGAUA